AUGGCGGCCCCAUCAGACAUGCUUCGGGACUUUGAGAUGCUGCGCGCGCACCUCAUGGCGGUGCUCCGCGCCCAUGAGCAGGGCAGCGAGAGGGUUGGCUCUCCCCGAUCGGCUUGGACCGGUGAUGCAGCCGGUGAGAGUGAAGGCCCGACGAUUUUGCCGAAGAGCGUCCUUGGCCUUAUGGACCUGAUUGAAGAGUAUGGCUUGAAGGGACAAGCAGUCUUCCAAAAGAUCGCCGACUACGUUGCCAAGAUGACGCCCAGUGAGAUGCAGGUUGCUGGUCGCGUUCUCAUGGAUACGUCGCUCCAGGCAGACUUGGCAGAGUCCCACCACCGUCUCCGCGAGACCAAAGCGGUGGUUUCGCAUGAGGACGACCAGAGCGAUCUCGCCAGCCGCACCUGGAAGUUCCUCAUGAAGAAGAUGGUGGCAGAAGGUGUGAAGCCCGAGAAGAUCCGCGAGGCUUUGGCCAAUCAGAAGAUUGAGCUGGUCUUGACUGCGCACCCCACGGAAGCCCAAAGGCGAAGUGCUCUGAAGAAGCACGAGGACAUGCUGACCUACUUGCAAAGGUACGACGGCAAAGACUCGCUCACACCAGGACAGCUGCAAGGCCUGGAUGAUGACAUCAAGGCCGUGCAGUGGAGUUGCUGGCGCACGAACACGGUGCGACGCACCAGGCCCACUCCGGAGGGAGAGGCGCGCAAUGGCAUGCUGGUGAUCGAGGACACUGUUUGGAAGGCGGUGCCGGAGUACUACCGCCGCAUCGACCGCUGCUUGAGGCGAAUUGGCCAACCUCAACUUCCUUAUGGUGCAUCGAUUCUGAAGAUGAGCAGCUGGAUGGGAGGAGAUCGUGAUGGCAAUCCCAAUGUGACUUGGCACACGACCAAGCAAGUGGUGACAUUGCUUCGCUGGCGCAUUGUGGAGCUCUACUACCGCGAGGUGGAUGAGUUGCUCUACGAGCUGAGCAUGACUGGAGAGACCAGUGAGGAGCUUCAGCGAGAGAUCGAGGCUGUAAGCAGCAUGUGGUCGGCCCCGACGGUGCCCGGAGGCAAGGUUUGCCGCCCUGACGCGCGCAGUGGCGUGCACUGGAACUUCCACACGGGUGUGGCUGCCGACGAGCCCUACCGAAGGCUUCUGAUGGCCUUGCGCAGGCGAUGCUGGCGAACGAAGAAGACGAUGGAGGCCAUGUACAUGGGCAGCGACCCGGAGCCAGACUUCGAGAAGGAGGUUCUCACCUCCGUGGACGAGCUGGCUCGGCCACUGGAGAUUAUCUACCGCUCUUUGGUGGAGAGUGGCGAUGAGGCGGUGGCCAACGGCCGACUUUUAGAUCUCAUCCGCCGCGUCCGCACCUUUGGCAUCAGCAUGGCUUGCUUGGACGUGCGCCAGGAAAGUGACCGUCACUCCGAGGCUUUGGAGGCGAUCACCGAGUUCCUGGGCCUGGGGAAGUACACUUCCUGGUCCGAGCAAGAGAAAUGCGACUGGCUCGUGAAGGAGAUCGAGUCGAAGAGGCCUCUCUUGCCCGAGGAUCUCGAAUGCAGCGACAUCGUCAAGGAAGUCUUGGCCACCUACAAGACCAUCUCUGAGUUGCCCAUCGAGGCCUUGGGCGCCUACUGCAUCUCCAUGUCCCGGGCUACUUCGGAUGUCCUGGCUGUGUGCUUGUUGCAGAAGAUCGGAGGCAUGAAGAAGUUUAUGCGCGUCAGCCCCCUCUUCGAGACCCGCGAUGACUUGAUCAAUGCCCCCAAGGUGAUCGACGCCGCCUUUAGCGUGCCAUGGUACAAGAAGCACAUUCAGGGCAGCCAGGAGGUCAUGCUGGGCUACUCCGACUCCGUGAAGGAUGCAGGAAAGUUUGCCUCUACCUGGGAACUGCAUGUGGCGAUGGAGAAGAUCCUGGAGGUCGGCAAGAAGCAUGGUGUCAACGUGACUUUCUUCCAUGGCCGCGGUGGCUCCAUCGGACGUGGAGGUGGCCCUCCUCACCUGACUCUCCUGGCCCAGCCUGCAGGCUCCCUGGAGCGAGGCCACCUGCGCCUGACCAUCCAAGGCGAGACCAUUGGCCGGCACUUUGCGAGUGCCGAGGUGGCCGAAAGGACGCUGGAGCGGUACUCCACGGCUGUGCUGAAGCACACCCUCACCCCUCCGCCGCUCCCAAGCCCGGAGUUCCGAGCAGCCAUGCAGGAACUGGCCGACAUCUCCGCGGAAGAGUACCAGAAGACCGUGUUCAAGAGCGAGAACGAUAUCUUCGUCCGCUUCUUCCACACCUACACCCCCACCUCCGAGCUCGGACAGAUGAACAUCGGAAGCCGCCCCGCCAAGCGCAGGGCCUUCGGAGGCAUCGACACGCUCCGGGCCAUUCCGUGGAUCUUUGCCUGGACCCAGACUCGAUUGCUUUUGCCGGUCUGGCUCGGCAACGGCCUCGCUCUGCAGAAGUACAUCGAUGCUGGCAAGCUGCCCUUGCUGCAGCAGAUGUACAAGGAGUGGCCUAUGUUCCAGUCCAUGAUGGACUUGAUUGACAUCGAGCUCGGAAAGGCCCAGCCGGACCUGGCCAAGCACUACGAGACCAAGACCUUGAAGGAAGACGACCUGAAGAACUUGGCCCAGCAUCUGCGCGACGGUCUUCAGCAAGCCAUCACCAACGUCCUCAAGGUCAAGAACAUCGACAAGCUGCUCACCAAGGACCCCAUUGUGAAGCAGUCCAUCGCCAUGCGCCGGCCUUUCCUCGACAUCUCGCACGUGAUCCAGGCCGAGGUGCUCCAGAGGCUCCGAGAUGCCCAGGCCAAGGAUGAGGAGCCGCCAAAGGAGCUGAGGGAUGCCAUGAUCAUCUCCAUCCAGCCAUUUAUUUUUCCAGGUUGGCUGGGUGGAGCCCAGAUUCAUGGAGAUGUCCCGCCGUGGGCUCUGGCUGUCGAAAAUGCGAGCCUUCGGCAGAUCGAAGUGACGAUUCGCGGGCAGUUAAAGUACUCCUGCGUGGCUGUUGGAAAUCCUGCAGAGGUUUGGAUCAUCGGAGCCUCAGCAGGCGUUGCGAGCGCCUCGCUCGCAUGUGCUGCUGGUGGAUCCGUUGUUUACUCCGUUGCUGCCGAUCGCUCGAUGGAGGAGGCAAAGUCCAGCUCCCGCGAGGUCUGCGGCCAAAGCGUGGAAGAGUGCGAGGAGAUAUUAUCUCGAGCUGCGGCCGACGGAGGACGGGCGGCGGUGCUUCGCGCUCUGGUGCCACAGAUCCGAUGUCUCGUCGGCAAGGAGCUGGGAACUGAUGCUGGGAGCCGGCUUCAACGGGUGGAGGCCAUGCUGCACCGAAUUGGCCGCGGGGAGGUUUUCCGAAGUGAGGAGAAGGAGGGCCAGCGCCGAUCCUCCGGCUACGUUGCAGGACUGGAACCGUGCAGUGCGUUCCAUGAUCCUACGACCUUGACGUGGGCAGUCGACCUGCAAGGGCAUUGGAAGGAGAUCCAAAGUGAGCUCCAGUCGCGACUUGAUGACGACACGGUGUGGUUUCCGAGUGUUUCCGCAGACGACAAGACAGAGAAUGUCCCGGAAUGGGGAAUUGCAGCUGUGCUGGCUGCUGACUGCUGGGAGGACAAAGGUAGCUUCCCAAAGACGCAGGAGAUAUUGAAGAGGUUGGAAGGUCUACUUCCGUUUGAAGUUUUCUUUGCUCAAUUGCCACCCCGCACAAAGAUUGCGCCCCAUUCGGACAAUCUGAACUAUAUCCUCACCUUACACCUGGCUCUGCAGUUGGAGCCUGGCGGCUGCUCCUUGCAAGUAGGCCACCGAACGCGACAAUGGGAGGAAGGAGAGGUCCUUGUCUUCGACGCCACCUUUACCAAUUCAGCAGUUAACGAGUCCGAUCAGAGCCUCUACGCUUUGGUCGUGCGCUUUUGGCAUCCUGGACUCUGCGGCGAGGAGCGCAAGGCCCUGCAACUGUCGCACCUGCUUCUUUCAAACGUGCUGGCAGCAGAUACCGACAGCGACCAGGCGGAACUUCCUUGGGCGUAG